AUGAACUUUUCUACAGCUCUUAUAUUUCUCCUUACUGUAUUGGAUAUUCUUGUUUAUUAUUUACAGAAACAACACGAGGAAGACAAUGAUGAGCAUAAGAAAUCAUCCCUGUCAUCAUCAUCGGAUCAACAACGAUCCCUACACGAAGAAGAACAUGAUCAGAGGAAGGAUUUAUCUUCAUCAUGGCUACUGGAUAAAAGAUGUCGAUGUUUUUCACUUGCUGAAAUCAAAUUGGCCACCAAUGAUUUUGAUGAUGCGUUUGUAAUCGGAAAGGGCGGGUUCGGGAAGGUAUACAAAGGUAAGAUUGACUUCGGGGAAGAAGGAAUUGAUGUUGCUAUUAAGAGGCCUGCUCUAGACUUUACAUUAGAUGAGCAGCAACAUAGUCUAGCUGUAUGGGCUAAAAACUGCAUCAAAGAAGGUAAGAUUGAUCAAAUCAUUGAUCCAUGUUUAAAGGGACAAACAACAGGUAAUUGUGUGAAGGAAUUUGGGAGGAUUGCAUAUGAAUGUGUUCUUACUCGUUCAAAGGAUCGACCUACAAUGAGUCAGGUGGUAGCUAGGCUUGAGUUUGUGUUAGCAUGGACACUGCAAAGUGGGUCCAGUGCUCGUGAUCGGAAACAAAUUGGAAGAGCCAUGUUUAUUGAGAAGGCAUGGUCAUUGUUCUUGAUUAAAUCUCCAAAAAGUCGUAUGAGUUCUCCUACAAAGAAACUAGGACAAAGCAUUAACAAGAAGAAAGGUGUUGAAAAUGCUUCUCAGAAGGUGUUACUACCUACUGCAAACACAAAGAUACCAAUCUUGAAAAUGUUCAAAUUUUCUGAGCUACAAAGUGCCACAAGAAAUUUCAAGCAGGAGAUGUUUCUUGGAGAGGGUGGUUAUGGGAAGGUUUUCAAAGGGUGGUUGGACAGUGUAACAUUUGCCCCAAGGAAGGCUGGUGGUGGGCUUGCUGUGGCCAUUAAGAGAUCCAGCCCCAACAGGACUCAAGGUCUUAAUGAGUGGCAGGCAGAAGUGAAAUUCUUGGGAACAUUUAGCCACCCAAACAUUGUUAAACUCUUUGGAUAUUGCUGGGAAAACAAGGAGUUUCUUCUUGUUUAUGAGUUUAUGCAAAAAGGAAGUUUAGAUAUGCAACUCUUCAGAGAAGGUGUAGAACCUCUUCCAUGGGACACAAGGAUUAAAAUAGCCACAGGAGCAGCUCAAGGCCUUGCUUUCUUGCACACUACAGAAAAUAAUGUCAUUUGCAGGGAUGUGAAGUCCUCAAAUAUUUUACUAGAUGGGGAGUUCAAUGCAAAGCUCUCGGAUUUUGGACUUGCAAAGUCAGGUCCUGUCAAAGGAGAGUCUCAUGUCUCAACAGACAUAGCAGGCACCUAUGGCUACAUGGCUCCUGAGUAUAUCGCCACUGGUCGUUUAUAUGUGAAGAGUGAUGUUUAUGGUUUUGGGGUGGUGAUGUUGGAGAUCAUAACAGGGUUACGAGCAUCUGAUUAUAAUCAAGAUGGCAUGAAGCAAAACUUGGUGGAAUGGGCUACACCUUUUUUAACUGAUAUAAAGAAAUUGGAGAAAAUUAUGGAUCCACGUUUGGGACAAAACUACCCUUCAGAAGGUGCAAGUAAAGCAGCUGAGCUCAUACUAAGUUGCCUUGAUUUGGAUCCUAAAAACCGGCCUUCCAUGGAGGAAGUUGUAUUGGGUUUGCAAGUUAUUGGUUCGGUCAAAAUGGAACCAGGGCGGUCAACGGGUAGCACCAGGGGUUCGAUGAGCCCAUGUAGCGAACAAAGUUGCCUUUGGUCUCCCCUUCGUGGAAAGCAAGGGAGGGCAGUUUGGUCAAUGAGCACUCGGUUGUUAGGUUUAAAUGUGUGCCUUGGGCUCGGUUCAAAGGAAGACCCAACUUGGACGGAAACAAACUGUUCCAAAACCGGAAAAUGGGGAAAUUGA